AUUGGGGUUGGAGGGGGGGCGAGAGGGGGGAGCCUGAGGAGUCUCACGCCUAGGUGCGAGGAGAUUAUUCAAAUAGGGCCCAAGGCGUAGAAGUAGGGAUUGGAGGCUUGCCUGGCGCACAGAGCUAUAUCACAGCGUUAACGAGCAGCACGGAGCGUCAUUUGAACUCCGCUCACUGACAGACGCGUCGCGGCUGUCUGUGCGAGACACACAUGCGCCAGCCCUCGACAAACGGACACGCCGACCACCCAAAAACCCUCAGUGGUCCCCAGUCACCUGCUGUUAGAAAGACUUUUUGGCUUUUCCUCUGCUGGGAGACGCUUCGUUCAAGUCCUCCAUGAUGCUUGGAGCAGUUAAAAUGGAAGGACACGAACACACCGACUGGAGCACAUACUAUGGAGAGCCCGAGUGUUACACCUCUGUUGGAAACAUGAACACCGGCCUGGGAAUGAACUCUAUGAACACCUACAUGAGCAUGUCCGGCAUGAGCACCACCGCAAACAUGACGGCCAACUCUAUGAACAUGUCGUACGUCAACACGGGCAUGAGCCCCUCCAUGACCGGCAUGUCGCCGGGCACCGGAGCCAUGAACGGGAUGGGAGCAGGCAUGACGGCUAUGAGCACAGCCCUGAGCCCCAGCAUGAGUCCUAUGACCGGACAGCCCGCGUCCAUGAACGCCCUGACGUCCUACACCAACAUGAACGCCAUGAGCCCCAUUUACGGACAGUCGAACAUCAACAGGUCCCGGGAUCCAAAGACGUACCGGCGGAGCUACACGCACGCCAAGCCUCCGUACUCCUACAUUUCCCUCAUCACCAUGGCCAUCCAGCAGUCUCCCAGUAAGAUGCUGACGCUGGCCGAGAUCUACCAGUGGAUAAUGGACCUCUUCCCCUUUUAUCGGCAAAACCAGCAGCGCUGGCAGAACUCAAUCCGCCACUCUUUGUCAUUCAACGACUGUUUCCUCAAAGUCCCCAGGUCGCCGGAUAAACCCGGAAAGGGCUCCUUUUGGACUCUACACCCGGACUCCGGCAACAUGUUUGAGAACGGCUGCUACUUGAGGAGGCAGAAGCGCUUCAAGUGUGAGAAGAAGAUGUCCAUGAAGGAGCCCGGCCGCAAGGGGGGAGACGGCGGCUCUGCCAACAGCAGCUCGGACAGCUGCAACGGCAACGAGUCCCCGCACUCCAACUCCUCCUCCGGCGAGCACAAAAGGUCCCUGUCGGACAUGAAAGGGAGCCAGGCCCUGAGCCCGGAGCACACCGCGCCCUCCCCGGUGUCGCAGGGGCAGCACCUCAUGUCUCAGCAUCACUCGGUCCUGGCGCACGACGCCCACCUGAAGCCGGAGCACCACUACUCCUUCAACCACCCCUUCUCCAUCAAUAACCUCAUGUCCUCGGAGCAGCAGCACCAUAAAAUGGACCUUAAGACUUACGAGCAGGUGAUGCACUACUCUGGAUAUGGCUCCCCCAUGACUGGAGCGCUUUCCAUGGGCUCCAUGGCGGGGAAAGCCGGCCUGGAUUCUGCAUCUAUACCCGACACAUCCUACUACCAAGGUGUCUAUUCCAGGCCAAUCAUGAACUCCUCGUAGACUCUCUGUAUGCGGACUGCCCUGACCCCCCUCAUUCCAGUUUGUACAUUUGUAAAAAACAAAAACAAAAAAAUAUAGACUUUGUGUACUAUAUGUAUUUGAACUAUUUUUGACCUUUCUCACCGUUUUAGUUGUUGAGCUUGUUAGAUCUUGUGAAGGAAGGAUGGAAACUCAAAAUAAAGUGGACCCCAAAGACAAAAAAACUGCUGUAAGAUAUUCAAGUUUGCAUAAGUGGACCCAGAAACCAGUUUAAUUCCUUGCUAAAUCUGUUCAGUCAUUUGUGUAAUACCUAUUUAUGGUCUGUAUAUGUGUAUUCUUGUAGUCACAAGAAUAGAAUAUAUAUUAAAGUGUUAUUGUUUUGCUUUCUGAA